GGAUCUAAUUUGAUCGGCAUAUUUUUGUGGCCAUCAAUGUGGGAGCUCGGUUUAAUAAAUUAAUACGCAAUGAAAUCUGUAUUAAUGGUGGCUGAAAAGCCAUCGUUGGCUCAGAACUUGGCUAGCAUAUUAAGUAAUGGAAAAUGCACCACUAAUAAAGGAUCAAAUUCGGCAUGUGCUGUUCACGAAUGGAACGGCACAUUCAAAAAUGAGCCAGUGCAUUAUAAAAUGACCUCCGUGUGUGGUCAUGUGAUGAGUUUGGACUUCACUGGGAAGUACAACAACUGGGAUAAAGUUGACCCGGUGGAGCUGUUCAGCUGCACCACGGAGAAGAAGGAAGCGAUGCCGCGUCUGCGGAUCCCGGCGUUUCUGGCGCAGGAGUCCAGGGGCUGCGACUACCUGGUGCUGUGGCUGGAUUGCGAUAAAGAAGGGGAGAACAUUUGUUUUGAGGUCAUGAAUUGUGUACAACCAUAUAUGAAAGGAGACAUUUGUUCCCCAAACGUUACCUACCGGGCCCGUUUCUCUGCUAUAACUGAUAAAGACAUCAAAGCGGCCAUGUUGAACCUGGUGCAACCCAACGAGAACGAGUCCCGCAGUGUUGAUGCUCGACAGGAGCUGGAUUUGCGGAUUGGAUGUGCUUUCACUCGGUUUCAGACUAAAUACUUUCAAGGCAGAUACGGUGACUUAGACGCCUCCUUAAUAUCCUAUGGCCCUUGCCAGACCCCAACCCUCGGCUUCUGCGUCCAGCGCCACGAUGAGAUCCAGACGUUUAAGCCAGAAACAUACUGGGUGCUCCGAGUGACGGCCUCGACGUCUGAAGGGCGGGAACUGCCGCUGGAAUGGAAGAGAGUGCGGAGUUUUGAUAAAGAUAUUGCUAACAUGUUCCUGUCAGGGAUCAAGGAGAUUAAGGAAGCUCAAGUGAUACAAGUGCAAGCGAAGGAGAAAGUGAAGGCGCGGCCCGCGGCCCUCAACACGGUGGAGCUGAUGAGAGUGGCCAGCGCGGGGCUGGGCAUGUCUCCGCACCAGGCCAUGCAGCUAGCUGAGAGGUUGUACACACAGGGUUACAUUUCGUAUCCCCGUACGGAAACCACGAGCUACCCCGAAAACUUCGACUUGGUGGGCACGCUCCGGCAGCAGCAGAACUCCAACAAGUGGGGUGCUGAAGUCCGCGCCCUAGUGGCUGCUGGGAUCAACAAGCCCAAGAAGGGCGUCGACAAGGGCGACCACCCGCCCAUCACGCCCAUGCGCCCCGCCUCCGAAUCGGAGCUAGAAGGCGACAUGUGGCGUAUCUACGACUACGUGACGCGCCACUUCAUCGCCACACUCUCCCGCGACUGCCGAUACCUGUGCACCACCAUCACCUUCAAGAUCGGAACAGAGACCUUCAGCUACACCGGCAACACGCUCGUGGACGCCGGGUACACCGAGAUCAUGCACUGGCAGGCUUUCGGCAAAGACGAGUUCGUCCCUCUGCUGGCCGUGGACGACAUGCUCCGAGCGCACGAGCACCGCCUAGUCGAGUGUCAGACCUCGCCUCCGGACUACCUCACCGAGUCUGAGGUGAUCACGCUAAUGGAGAAGCACGGUAUCGGCACCGACGCGUCCAUCCCGGUGCAUAUCAACAACAUCUGCCAGAGGAACUAUGUGACUGUCGGCAGCGGCCGCAGGCUUGUGCCUACCAACCUUGGCAUAGUGCUGGUGCACGGCUAUCAGAAGAUCGACCCAGAACUAGUACUACCGACCAUGCGCUCCGCCGUCGAAGAGCAAUUGAAUCUCAUCGCAAUCGGCCGAGCCGACUUCCAAGCGGUCCUGGCGCACACCGCCGAGAUCUUCCGGCGGAAGUUCCAGUACUUCGUGCGCUCCAUCGAGGGCAUGGACCAGCUGUUCGAGGUCAACUUCUCGUCGCUCAAGGCUAGCGGGAAGGCGUUGAGUCGGUGUGGGAAAUGUAGGCGCUAUAUGAGAUACAUACAGGCCAAGCCCACGCGCCUGCACUGCUCGCACUGCGACGACACGUACGGGCUCCCGCAGAACGGCACCGUGCGCAUCUACCGCGAGCUCAAGUGCCCGCUCGACGACUUCGAGCUGCUCUCCUGGUCCGCCGGCGCACGCGGCAAGUCCUUCCCGCUGUGCCCCUACUGCUACAACCACCCCCCCUUCAGGGACAUGAAGAAGGGUUUCGGGUGCAACUCGUGCACGCACCCGACGUGCGCGUACGGAGUCAACUCGACCGGCGUGUCGGGCUGCGUGGAGUGCGACAGCGGCGUCUUGGUGCUGGACCCGGCGGCGCCCAAGUGGAAACUCGCCUGUAACAGAUGCGACGUAAUAAUAAACGUGUUCGAGGACGCGAUCCGCGUGUCGGUGUGCGAGCAGCAAUGGCAAGUAGAAAUACUGGAGAAGCACCGCGCGGUGGCGGCGCGCGCGGGCGGGGGUGGCGGUGGGCGCGGGGGCGGGGGGCGGGGGCGCGGGCGCGGGCGGGCGCGCGCCAAGCCGCCCAAGGACAAGAUGGCGCAGCUCGCCGCAUACUUCGUGUAGCCUCCCACCCCACCGAACCGGCCGAGCGCCCGAGAGGCCCUCCCUACGCUCCCCGAGAUGAUCGCUCUCUCGGUUUAUAUGCCCGACCUACACUCUAGGGAAGAUCGUGAAAACCUUCCUCUAAAAUUUAAAACUCACAAUCCGUAGUAAAUUAAAAAAAAAUGAUCACCACCGUGAUCGCAUUAUGAACGGAUUCCUAAAUUAUUAUACCCCGUGUAAAAAAAAUAAACAUUACCCGCUCAUGUAAUACCCACAAUAAAACGAAACGUGAGCUAAAAAUCAAAAUUCCGCUUAAAAAAUAACACAAAAAACGAAUCACAGCACAUUCGAUAUCUCAUCUAAAAACUCAUAUUAAAUCACAAUACCAUUUUUUUACGACUACGACCUCUAAAUUAUUUCAUUUUAACAUUUUUAUGCAACAAACUAUUAAUUUGUCCUCCCAUAUUUAACAUUUAAUUUAAACUACGUCCGAUCUAAAAAUUAAUUACACGAAAAAAGAACAUCUAUUACCUGUGAAAACACCCAAUGUCAAAAAAUACUACCUAACUAAUAUAUCUUCAAUCGAGUCAAAAAUUAUUGUUAUUUACCUCAAAUACGUUUUGUAUUUAUUUUAUACUAGUUUACUAAGUUAAAUAAACAUAUUUCUAACUUUUA